GUGUUAAGUUGUUUCUAGCCUUCCCUUGAAGUUAUGUUACGACAAGUUUUACAUAUGAAAUAAAUUUCUAACAUAUUUGUAAACACUGUUAAUAAUAAUUACAAAUACCAGGAUUUAUAACACAUGUUUAAAAUGACAAGCGCGUGAAUAAUGAUCAAACCGAAAAUCUGCUAUUUUAUUAAAAUGCCAGAAACUACUUUAUUACAACAUUUCGCGAUGUAAACAAUAGGCACUGUCACUGUAGAAAGUUUUUGGCAAUGAGAGAUUAACGGUAAAGCAUUGUCUCUGGUAAAAGAUACCAUUUAUGUCCCAUUUUGAUUUGCAAAACAAUUAACCUGUCAUUAGAAUGGCAAGCAAGCGAUCAACUGUAACAUGGAAAAUUCCAGCCAAGAGCAAUGCCAAAGAUGACAUCUAUCAAAAAGACCGUAUUUCUGUGACACGUGAAAUACAAGAGCAUUCCUACUCUGACACAUUUAUGAGUGACUCAUAUUCAGAUACUUUUGUUAGUUCAUCAAUGACUCGCAGUCAAAAUGGAAACAGUGAAACUGAAAAUGGGAAACCGUUGUCAAGCAAAAGUAAAUUAUUUUCUAGCAAUUUUCUCUACGCUAAAACUAAGCAUGAACAAUCCAUUUCAGUUGAAGAGUCAUCAAUACAAGAAGCUACACACUUGGAAACAGCACGAAAUGUAACAGAUGCACUAGAAACAGUCCAAGAAAUAAGUUAUCGGACAGAAGACUUUGAGUCGUUCACAGGAACUGAUAUCUCUGAUACACAUCCACCUUCCAACACAUUUACCUCGUAUACCAAUACCUUUGAAUCUGAAUAUACUGACACUUUUGAAUCUGAAGAGCGAACCAAUGCAGAUUCAAAGGUAGAGUUGUCUGAUGAGUCUGAAAUCAAGCCAUCAAUAUCAAAUUCAUACAGGACAAGAUGUGAAGAUGAUGAAAACCUUCUUGAUCAAUCAUAUAUAGCCCCUGGUUUUAAUGGAAAAUUAUUGCCUGGUGAAGACGAAGAUACAGAUGAGGGAGAGACACUUGCGGACGAUUACAGCUAUAGCUUCACCUUUGAACCAACUGUUACACAUCAAGAAUCCGGGGCAUCUUAUGAACUGAGUUUGUUAAGCGGUGAAGAUGCCAUAGCAGCAAAAAAGUUCUUGCAAUCACAGGUUAGAAACUUGAGACAGAAGCAUGAGGACCCUAAAGGAUUGCAGUUAGCAUCAAUGGAUAUAGACGAUGAUGAUGAUGAAGUGGAAGAUCCAUACUUGAAGCAUUACUGCAAGAAGAAAGUGAAGCUCCUGAAGACAAAAAGGGCACAACCUGAGUGCUUGCCAGCCAAGCUGGAACCCAUAGCUCAUCCACUGUCCAGACCAGCUUUUAUGGGAGAGAGCAUAGAGGAAUAUGGGGUACCUGAAACUGUUAUGGAGAGAGCUAGGCUGAACAGGAUCAUGGCAGCCAUGAGCAAGGCAGCCAAAGAAGAUUUUCAUGAGCCCAGAAAAUGCCAGGAGUGCAGCUUGAAGAAACAGGAGCUAGACCUUGAAGAUGCUCAGCGACAAUUUGUGAGGGCUCAUACAAUGAGACUGAAGAACAAGGCUAUGGAUAACAGAGUGGAGGAACAUCUUCUCAAAAUGAACACUGUAUCAAUGGUGGCAGAGCUGGCCAGAGAAUUACCCAGACAUUCUGACAGACCAGAGCAAGUGAUGGACAGACUGUUGGAACCCUUGCUGGGCAAAAAUGUCAUGAGAUAGAACCAGAAAUUAUCAGUGAUGGACAGAGAGCAAGAAUCCUUGCUGGGGAAAAUGUCAUCAUGACAUGAGAUAGAACCAGCAAAAUUAUCAGUGAUGGACAGACAGCAAGAACUCUUGCUGGGCAAAAAUGUCAUGAGAUAGAACCAGCAAACAUUAUCAGUGAUGGACAGACAGCAAGAACCCUUGCUGGGCAAAAAUGUCAUGAGAUAGAACCAGCAAACAUUAUCAGUGAUGGACAGACCGCUAGAACCCUUGCUGGGAAGAAAUGUCAUGAUAUAGAACCAGGAACAAGAUAAUGUCACCUGCACACAAGACUAGGUAGAGCCAUAUUCUGUGAAAACUGGGCUAAAUGCAUAUGCUUAAUGUGUAGUAACAUAUUAGCCCGUGAAGUCCGCACAGGCUAAUCAGGGACAACACUUUAUGCCUACUCUGAAUUUCUGUUGAGAAGAGCCUUGCUUAAAACAAAAAUAUCAAUAAAAGCGGAAAGUGGUGUCCCUGUUUAGCCUGUGCAGUCUGUACAAGCUAAACAGAGAAACACUUUACACACAUUGAUAAAAAUGUGCUCACAUAUGGAUAUUUUAAAACGGACAUAUAUGGCCCAGUGUAGAUAUUUUUUAUUUAUUAGUCACGUGACACUAUUUCCCACUAAUUGUUUAUAUUUUGUGAGGCACUGAAACUGAUAUGUAUGAAAACAAAAAAUGUAUAUAUACAUUUACUCGUUGGUGUUUUAUUAUAUUUUUCAACCAUAUAAAUAUAUUUAUACAUAUGGUUGAAAAAUAUAAUAAAACACCAACGAGUUUACCUUCAAAAACAGUGGAUCCUAUGAGGAUACAAGAACAAUUAGAAAUAAGUAUAUAUAUUUCUAACAGUGUAAACAAGAAAUAUCUUUUAAAAAGAUAUACGGCGUUGAUUGUGGUUGCAGUUUAUGAAAGGUAAAGAGUUCAAUGAAUGAGAUCAAGGAUGGCGAAUGUCUUUUUCUGUGCAGUUCUUAGCUGCAUCACACGCAGUACGGGAUGUUACGCGGAGUUUUCGCGGCUUAUUUUACAUUAUUACAUAUUGCUGGUCAUAAACCUAUAGAUACAAAACAGAAAACCAAAAGAUGAAUGGAAGUGAAAUUAAAACAUAUGAGUCAACCGGCCACACGCAAAGUAUCCGUACAUAUUUUAAAUAUUUAUACGCGCGUUCUUCGAACAAACCUGUUUUAGUGGUUUUUCGGGCAUUGCUAUUUGAUUGGAUUAUUAACAGUAUCGAAAAUCAUCGCGCGCAUGCUUAAUACAUUAGUCAAUAUGGUGGAAAAAUUCUUGUUAAAUUAAUAUUAAAAAUAAUAUUUAUCAUGGUAUUGUUGAAAACACAUUAAGAAUUAUUAUUGACAUACCAUAAUUAUAUCGCUGGAUAUCUUCAUUUAACAUCUUUCAUAGAAAAUUCCAGUUCACCUAGUUCACGCAAUAGCGUCUUUAUUAUAUAACGAUUAUUUUACUGGCCGCGAACUCCGGUCAGCACAUAAGGUAGUCGUGAAGACGCAGUGAUGACCUGUAUCUGACCCUGAUACCUCGCGGGUUGAAAUGCAAUGCAUUAAAGUGAGGCCUCGCUUCCACUGCUCUUUAUACUUUUACAUGUUAACAUGUUGACAGGAAUAUGGAAGUUAGUACUAAAUAUGAGAACAUAGCCCUUAAGUACAAACGUUAUGGCGCAGGCAAUCCUCUAAAAAUAAAAGGUGCACGCAUAAACUGUAUUGAUGUCGAGAUUGACUGCUCUAUCUAUUUAGCCUUUUUAUUAGAGAUAAAAUUGUUUAAUGCUGAACACGCAAUAAAACAGUGUUACAAAGACGCGGACAUGUUUCCAAUGUUCUGGUCGUAUGCUCAAAUUAGCCUAUGGGAUAAAUGAAGUGUAUUCAUUCUGACCUAGCCGCCGGAAAUUUUAUUUGAAUUUUAUUGGACAGUUACAAAGGUCAGGUAAGGUGAAAAGCUGACGAUACAGCUACGCCGAAAAAAGAGUAUCUUAUACCCUAGCGCUUUCGGCUAAACGUCUUCUUCAGGGCUGUAUACAGAUAUGAGUUAACAAUUAUCCAGUGCGAAUGCACAGUAGAACCAUUGUCUUGUAAACACCUGCAGCCACAGAAAACAACUUCACGCUGAUUUAAGCCAUGUGUUUUAGACUGGCGCCCGCGAUGUUUAUGAUAUCGAUGAAAUUGUAAAAAUUGAAGUUAACUUUUUGGCAUUCAGUCUUGUAUUUAUAGCUAUGUGUCGUUUUUAUUUUGUAUAUUUGUUUAUUUACGCAUAUUGAAAUUGUGUUAUACACUGACGCCCGUGAUAUUUAUUAUAUCGAUGUAAUAUUAAAAUUUGAAGUAAU